AUGAAAACAUUAGCCAGAGAAGCAACAGAAAAAUUAAGUAGAACAACAAUUGGCUCAGUUAGUUCUUUGAAUGCUGCUAAAACAUGCUAUUCGUGUAAUGGAUUUGGUCAUGUGUCCAGACAGUGCCCUACUAUGAACAACUUUAAGCAAAAUAAUACUGCACGGCCACAAACUAAGUUAUGUUAUUCAUGUCAAAAGCCAGGGCAUUUGGCAAAAUCCUGCCCCUUGGCUAAUCAACAACCAGUUAAUACUAAGCUCCAAGGUUAUGAUAAGAAUUGGCAAAUGGAUAGACACGUGACCAUUUGCUAUCGUGGGAAUAAUGGCCAUAUUGCAAAGUUCUGUAAUGCCAAGUUGGAGGGAGGUCUGGGUUCUAGUAGAGAUUGUGAAAGCCCCAAGAAAAAUGAUUCAAAAAUCUGA